AAGGAAAUGAAUCGGGCGUCGUGGCCGAAUCAUUAGCAUAAACAUGGCUUCGUUCUUUUAAGCAUUGUAAUCGCCACAGAACUUUGGUCUGUACUUCCAUUGGCGUCGGAAUCGCAUUCCCACGCAAAAUAUGGAAACAUCCGUCGCCUCCGCCGCCGGCGCCACCAUUUUGUCGUCCUCUUCUGCCGUCUUUGGCCGCCGAUAUCGACGGAUUCUCCUAUCCAACAAAUAUAACAGACGCAAAUAUACUCUCAAGAGAAAAAUUGAAGAUUGUUUUCCCCUUUCCACUGAAUUUUCAGGUCAAACUGCUACACUGGUAUCGGGAACUUCACUUGUUUCUAUGAAGACGAUGAUCUCGAAUGGAUAUGUCGGCAGAGGAAGCAGUAGAAAUUCAAAUAUCAACAAGAUUUACAAGCGAUUGGAAUCUUGUUUGGUGGUACCGCCGCCAAAAGGUAAGCUACCUCGCGCUAUCAUCAAGUUCCUCGGCGGCGCUUUCAUCGGAGCUAUUCCUGAAGUUACAUACAGCUACUUAAUCGAGCUUUUGGCAAAGGAAGGGUUUCUGAUAAUCUCAGUCCCUUACAACGUGACUUUCGAUCAUGCUGAUGCUACGAGACAAGUUUUUGAGAGAUUUCAUGCUUGUUUGGACACCAUUUUAGCUUCCGGAUUGCCCGAUGAAGAUAUUUCAUCUGCUCAACUCGUUAAUCUUCCUCUAUUUUCUGUGGGACAUAGCAAUGGCGCUCUUCUUCAAGUACUCACAGGGAGCUAUUUCGCUGAAAAGAUACCGAAGGCUAAUGCUAUAAUCUCCUUCAACAACAGGCCAGCAACAGAGGCUGUUCCUUACUUUGAGCAGUUGGGCCCUUUAACCAGUCAGAUGAUGCCAGUUGUACAAGCUUCGCCAGUUUACUCAAUAGCUAGGAGUGUCUCAGAGGAUGCAUGGAAGAUGUUGCUUGAUGCUGCUGGAGCUAUUGUUCCUGACAGAGAUCUAGAAGUCUUGAACUCUCUGACCAAAUUUGUUGAUCAGUUACCCUCAGUAGUAAACCAGAUGACAGAAGGGGUAUCAGAGUUCAAGCCAACUCCAUCUGAGAAUCGAGAUUGCUUCAAGUGUUCUUACAAUGUCCAACACACACUCCUGGUGAAGUUCAGUUCAGACAUGAUUGAUGAGACAGAUCUACUCGAAGAAACUCUGAAACCACGCGUCGAAUCUAUUAACGGCACGAUCGAGAAGAUCCAGUUAACCGGUAACCACCUCACACCAUGCAUACAGGAGCCAAAGUGGGAGGUAGGUAAGUUGUACACUCCUGCAGAUGCGGUUGCCCAGGCCCUUAAAUCUGUAUCCUUGAAUGAAACAAAAGAGGUUGCUAAAACCUUAACCAACUGGUUUCGACGUUUUGAUGAAGCCUAAUUCUAACUCAUGUUUAUAUUCCUCAUAUGAAUGUGAAUGUUUCUGUAAACAUUUUGUCCCUAUGAAUGAAUUAAUUUUUGUUAGUUUAGAAGACAAA